GUGAGGCUGAUACUUCGUGUGGAUCGGUGAGAGAUGGAGAAGAAACAUAUGAAGAUGGCCAUCCUGAGGCAAGAGCAGACAUUCAGACAACAGGUUCAUGAGUUGCAUCGCGUAUACGAGGUUCAGAAGCGGCUGAUGAAGGAGAUGCAGGCUGUUAAGAGGAGCCCAGCUCAGGCAAGAGAGGAUACUGAACCAGAACCAAUGCUGGAUACAGAUCGCUCACGCGCUCCUUUUAUCGAGGACUUCAACCUGGAGCUGACACUAGCAACUGGGGGUGAUACGCGGAAGCAAGAGAUGACAUCCAACUCUGAGUCUGGACCAACGGUGACAUCGUCGACUUCUGCUGAAUCAGAGUCGGGGCAGCGAUUCCCUGAGUCCAAUGUAGACCUGAGGUUUCAACAUGAGAGCAAGAGGCAUGAUGAUCAGCUCACGCAGUCUCCCUGGCUCUAUCAAUGUUUAAGUCUCAAGAUGGCUUGAUGGCUUAGCUACGGGUGGCUUACAGAAGCAUAUGCAUUAUUAUAUGUACAUCAAAAAACUAAUUCGUUGCAAUCAGGAGAAUGCGAUCAAUAGGAAGUCAUCAUUCACAUCUAAAAAAAUACAACAAAAA